AUGAUAAAAGCUUCUAAAGGAAGAAAAACUGCACUAGCAACAGCAAAGAAUACUAAUAUAACGACAAUGGCCCCUUCUGUGGACGCAUCAUCUAAUUUGAUUGAUAGAAAUAAAAACCAACUAAGCAAUAACCACGAAUCGAGUAAAACUGGUCAAGGUAGAAGAAUUAAGACACCUCAGUCACCUAGCGGAGGAUCUUAUAAUUUUCGGAAAAGAUCAACAACAACACGAGAAAUGAUUUUAUCUCAGUUAGACGCAAAUACUGCUGGGGAUAGUGAAACUGGAUUACCAGAACCGCGAAAAUUAUCUCGAUAUCGCCGGCGUAAAGCAAAUUGUCGCGAAAGGAAGCGCAUGAAAUUAAUGAAUUUAGCUUUUGAUGAAUUAAGGAAAGUUGUACCGUAUUAUCCGACACCUGAUGGCCGCUUGGAUAAAAUUACAACUUUACGAUUAGCAAUUAACUACAUUGGAGCAUUAUCUACUGCGUUACAUCAUACCUCCGAAGAUUUAAAAAGCGAAUCAAGUAUCACAUCUUCUUCAUCAACUUCUUUAUUAUGA